GAUCUGCCGUGAUAACUUGAUAUACCAAAUAUGGAAAGUCAGUAAUUCUCCCCGAUCCUGUGUUCAUUGCGUGUACCAUUACUUGUACCAUUGCUUGUAGCUCAAUAGCAGCUAUACACCCUCCCACAGACGUUUGUGAAUCUAGAAUGUCCGCUCCAGUCAAGAUUUACCUUUAUGAUCUCAGCAACGGUCUCGCCGGCCAGCUCUCCUUGCCGCUCACCGGUAAGCAAAUAGAUGGUAUCUGGCACACCUCAGUCGUGGUCUUCGGGAAGGAAAUCUUUUAUGGACGAGGCAUUUGUGAGACUGAGCCUGGCCGGUCCCAUCACGGGUCGCCUCUGAGGGACAUUGAUAUGGGCGAGACGUCUAUAGAUGAGCAGACAUUUGAAGAAUACCUCAGCCAGAUGAAGGAGAGUUACACUGCAGACAAAUACCAUCUGUUAGAAUUCAACUGCAACUCCUUUACUAACGAUUGUCUCGGAUUUUUGACUGGAGGCUCGCUUCCAUCGUAUAUCAAAGAUCUACCAUCCGAUUUCCUAUCGACACCAUUUGGUGCUGCCUUACGACCAACUAUUGAUGCCAUGUUUAGAGGCAGGGCUUCUACCGGUGUACUAACACCUCCCCCAGAUAUUGGACCAGCCACAACUACUUCGCCCAAUCUGGAACUGACUUCGUCCCUGCUGAUGGCUGUCGCAGCUGAUGCGACAUCCGACGGCUCUGGAGCCCCUUCCUCAUCCAGGAACUACCUUCCGACACCUGCGCCAACAUCGCCCCCUACACCGACCCAGAGCAACACGCUUACAACACCCGUGCACAUUGCUACAAACCCCUCAUCUUUCCAUAAUGAGCUGCGCACACACCGGGCGGUGGUUGCAUUCUUCACGAGCGCAACAUGUGGGCCUUGCAGGAUGAUUGAGCCUGUGUUCGAAGACCUCGCAAGCAACAAGAGUCGAGCCAAUGAUGUCGCGUUUGUCAAGAUAGAUUUGAGCGUCGGAAUGAGCAAUGCGGUGGGCGGCGAGUAUGGUGUAAGAGUGACGCCGACGUUCAUUCUCUUCUUGGACGGGAACAAAACAUAUGAGAUGAAAGGUGUCAAUGGACCUGAAUUACGCACACAGGUCGACUUGCUUAUUUAUCAGGCGUUUCCUCCACAUCCGCACACAGCGACAUCCCUUCCCGCGGUUGAAGCUAUAUCUCUCAAUGCCAUCUUGUUCUCUCAGGUUCCGAACCUCGAUACUGCGCUUGCGAAAGUGACGGGGUUCAUAGAUGCUGUUUCUUCAUGGUCCGGUUCCACUACGAAAGAAGAUACGAAGCAGAUUCUUGCUAAGAAUAUCAUCCCAUACCUCAAAGCACGAGGGUCUUCAGCACCUCCUAAUAUUUCUUUCGAGCCUUGGAAAAGCGCGACGAUAAGCCUUGCGAUAAACCUUUCUGCAGGAGAAUUAUUCCCUGUGGCAGAUAUGUGGCGCGUUGCACUGCUCGACGCAGCCGUAUGCGGUUGGAUUGCAACAAAGCUCGGUCCUGAAAGCCCAAUUGUCGUCUUGCUAUCCAAGGCCGAAGGCGCACCGAGGAAUUAUACGCUCACGCUCCUGCGAAUGAUUUCAAAUGCGUUUGGGAACGAGGUCAUAGCGCGAGAGCUUCUUCUCUCAUCUCGAAGUAGCAUUACAACGGUUCUAGUGGCUGCCUUGUUGCACGAAGAUCCAACCGUCCGGACGGCAGCAGCCAGUCUAGCAUUUAACAUGGUUGCACACCUUCAGAGACUGAGAGUAGAGAAGGUGCGCGGGAAUGCUGAAGGGAAUGAUGUAGACGAGAAUGAAGACUGGGACGUUGAGAUGACGAGCGGUCUUCUGGAAGCUAUAGAGCGGGAGAAGGCGGCUGAGGAAAUAGUUCACCGCAUGACGGCGUCACUGGCCUUGCUGAUCCGAUUAUCGCCGUCUCUUGAACAGCUGACUCUCUUGCUAGAGGUUCUACAGGCUCGGAGAAUACUCAAGGAGAAAUUGGAGAGAGGCGGAUGCGGGGAAGCGGGGGUCGUAAAGCAGGAGGUCCGUAAGCUAAUUGGGGAGGUUGCUGAGAAACUUUGUCCUUGAUCAUGAAGUGUCUUUUCCUCACUGUACUGGUAUCAUGUGUACACGUAUCAUCUAAGAAUAUAGAUCCUAUAUAGUGAAGGAGGGCUAUUCAUAUUCCACAUUUAUGGAGAGGGAGCUGGAGAAUGAGUGCCCUCUCAAGGGCUUCAGCGGACGGCAUUUCGCGCAAAAUAUCACAAGCACAACGAAUAACCGGCC